GUGUCUUUAAUAACCACAAAACCCAGCAAUGACAACCCCUAAGUGGAAAUUAGAGAAAGAUAAAAUGGACUCUAGAAUAAAUGUAAGAAGGUCCUCACUUCCAGAGGAGGGGGGGUCUAAAAGACAUUUUAAGAGAGAUUAAGAAAAUCUUAGAGAAGCAGGACCUACUACAGAAUGAGGUCCAAAUGAUAGCCAAGAAACAAGAUUUGCAAUACAAAACAUUUCAGGAAGAAAUGGCAGAUUUAAAGAGAGAGUGGAGAGAGGAGAUUGGCGCGAUGAAGAAAGAAAUUAUAAAAAACUCUAAUGACAUAUGUGACUUAAAAAUAGCAAAUAGAAGGAUUGACAAAACACAAAGUAAAUUACAGGAAAAGAUUGAAUCCAUAGAAGAAAAGGGAUCCAAGUUGGAAAAAAUACAGGAAAGAUUGGAAUUUCAAGCAUUAGAAUUCCAACUGAGAUAUAGAAAUGUGCAAGAAGAAGAGAAGGAGAACAUAGGAUGGGUGAUAACACAACUAACAGCCCAACUCUUACAAUGUACAGAGCAAGAGGCCUGUGGGCAAAUUGAUAGGGUUUAUAGGGUGCAGUCAAAUUUUACAAAAAAAAACAAAGCAAUUAAGGAUGUUAUUGUACAUUUCCUGAAAAAAACUACACGUGAUGAAGUGCUAAAAAGAAAUGCUCGGAACCCAAUUUGGUACAAAGAGAGGAAAGUGAUUAUCUUAAAGGAAUACCCAAAAUCGACGCUAAACAGAAGAAGAAAAUAUUACUUCCUCACAGAUGAACUUAAGAGGAGACAAAUUAAAUACAGAUGGGAGAAAUAUGAGGGCCUAAUGGCAACAUACAAAGAUGAUAAAAUUUGGAUAACUACGGAAGAAGAAGCAAAAGACUUCUUUAGAAUGCUAAAGAAAGAUGUUAACGCAAAUAGAUCAUCGUCAUCAUCAGGCAGCGGUAAAAAUCCUAAAGAAACGAAGAAAAGAAGAGUCGACUCACCCAAACACAACGACCCAACAGUGGCCAAAUUGGACUUGAAUACUGAUCAGGAAGACUCGGAUGUGGGAGAACAGCAGGAAGAGGAAGGAACCCAUAGAGAUGAGUAAACAAGACUUGUGAUCGCUAGACUCUGGAAAUCCGCACAAAUGCCAACAAAAGAAUUAUGGUUAGAAAAACUACUGGAAAUCAAAAAUAUGGACCAACUAUCCUUCUUGAUCAAAAGAACGAAC